ACACUUGGUCUCCUCUACACCCUUAUCUCCAACAAGCCUGAACCAUCCUUCCACCAAUCCUUCCAUCUCAGAGAGCAGUUGGUAUCCCCAGCUGGCCCCCUCUCACAUGACCGGAGGUUGUACGUCCGCUUUGGAGGCGCGUAAGGACGCUGGGGAUUUGGUGCAUACGGUCAGGGACAGUACGGAGCAGAUCUGGAUAUUGUCAGGGGAUCUGGAGAGGAUACCGUGACAACUGAGGUCUUCAGUGCAGAGCUGGUUAAGCACACGUUCAAAGCUACAGCGGUCUUCCCACAAAACAGAGAGCUCAUUGUCUCUCAAUUCCGCUCAACAGCCGCUCAACAGCCGUGUACUCCGUUGCCAUUUGAAGGAAGUGAGUGGCAAAAAGCUGACCGGAUAUUUAAGGAUUUGGUGAAGGAUUUGACCUCUGAAGGUGCGCAAAAGCUGUGGUGCUCGCUCCACUACAUGAGCGCUCAAAUUGCAGUACUCUCAACUGAGAACAAAGGACUCCGUAGUACUGUUGCCUCACUAAGUUCCUCAAAGAAGCAGCGCUAUACUCUCAAUUUGAAGAAGCCGAAGAAAUUGAAGAGCAAAGCUACACUAUACUCACCUCGCAAAGUAUGCAAAGCCCGCGCCCAACACAAGCAACAACAAAGUCACAACCUUGAAGAAAAGGCUCAGAAAGCAAAGGAUAAACAAGAAAAGCUCGCCAAGAAGCUCCGUGAAGAGAAGGAGAAGGAGGAGAGACGUGUUGCGCGAGAAGAGCGCAUUGCAAUAAACAAGCGCAUCCGUGAGGAGAAAGCUGAGGCUGUCAGAUGCAGAAAAGAGGAGCGCGAUGCUGCAAAAGCUAUACAAAUAUCCCAAUCAAAUAAGCCCAAGACCUCACAGAAGCCUUCACCAAAGCCUUGUAAGCCUGCAAAGCGUGCGCGGCGUGCUAUAGGUGGUGUUGUGGAGGAGGUGCCUGCACCAGCACCCCGUACUCACACCACCCGCAGUGGCCGCGUCGCAACUUAGAAGUAUUAACUAAAGGUGCC